CUUUUCGCGGGAAGUUACUUUCGCUUUGCCUGCAUCACAACAGCAGAAGACUCUUCUGACAGUAGCCUUUGACUGUUUUUUGUACAAAAAGCUAUUGUCUGUGUAUAUAUGAUUUAGUUUACUAUCGCGACAUCUAAGUAAGUGUUUAGCUAGCGGUUUAUAUUCAUCCUGGGCUUUGAAGUAUUUAUUUUUCAUCAUGAGCUGUUUGCUGAUGAGAGAAAGCCCUAUGAUCAUUGCACUUAAUAAGGAGAAGACAAUCUAUGACGGGUUCAUCACAGUGCUGGAGAAAGACUUCAGGAUAAGAAUAUCUCUACCCCCUGAUCAUCAGAUGAAACAGGCAAAAUUACAUUGUUGUUGGCAAAUGAAACGGCUACUUCAUGGUUAUCAACAUAUUGUGAAGCAGAGAUUACAGCAUUCAACUAAUCUGAUGGCCUUUAUCCUGGAACUCAGAACAGUAUUGGAAGUGGCGUUGAAGAGCCAACCAGGAUGUCAGUCCUUCUCACCACCCCAGUAUUAUUCCCAGCUGAUAACAGAGAUGGAGAUCUUAGGAUGGGAUAAGCUGCUCUUCAUCGAUGCAGAGUUCCGCACACUCAAGAUGAAGGCAGAAGACUCUGCAGGGCGUCAGCACACUAUUACAAUCAAGCUCAAGUCCAAGCAUCCAGCUGAGGCCCCAGAGUUUUCUGCAGAUCUUCCUGUUCCAUUGGUCAUUGCGUGGACCUCUCAGAGCACCUUGGCCAGUAUCCACAGUCAGUUCCUGAUAAACGUUGAGGCGCUGUCCGAGUUCUGGUCGGUGCUGGAUGAGAUAGAUGAGCAGACGUGGGUGUUGGAACCAGAAAAACCCACAAAAGCAGACUCCAUGAGAAGGAUCGCCAUCGGAAACAAUGUCUCAAUAAAGGUACAAAUUGACCCCAGACACCCCAAAAUGCUGCCAGAGUGCUGUUUGCUUGGGGCUGAGCACGUUGUCACUCCUUUACGGAAUAAAUUGAAUGCCAAUAUGCAUUUAUGGAACCCUGACUGCAGUGUCCUACAGAAUAUGAAGGAUGUGUUGGAGAUAGAAUUUCCAUCUCCUACCACCCACGAAAAAUCUAGUUUCAGUGUUGAAUGUGGCAUCUGCUACUCUUAUCGACUUGAGUCAGACAUUCCAGAUCAGGUCUGCAAUGACCCACGCUGCGGCCAGCCUUUCCAUCAAGUGUGUCUUUAUGAGUGGCUGAGAGGUCUGCCCACCAGUCGCCAAAGCUUCAAUAUUGUGUUUGGAGAAUGUCCUUACUGCAGUAAGCCCAUCACUGUGAAAAUGAUCACAGGAAACGCUUAACAACAGUCUGUUCCUUCAGAGCAAAGGUCAUGUGGCGUUACGGCUCCAGUAAGGAUAACACCAACAACCAACAACAGUUAAUAUCAUAACAAGAAGGAAGAUCAGCAUUAUUUUAAUGGGCCAUUUACCCUGAUUUUUUGAUUUUCCAAAGCCAUUUCUGUGAUGGUACCGAGUCCAUUCAUCUUCCAAUCCACAAACAUCACUUUCCCAGUGAUCUCCAUCAUCAUCAUCAUAAGUUUCCUCCCACUGAUUUUGAUGCCGGCUGUGUUUCCUGGUGUAGUUCCUCCAGUAGUCGACUUCACUGCUGGGUACUGCAUAGUCAUCAUUUAGUGUUCGAGUGUGUUUUUGCUGGUUCAGAUAGUGACGGUUUUGUUUUCCCCUCAUGGUCAUCCAGGUCUUGCCCUCAUAAACAUCCGCGUUCCUUUUUUUCCUGUGUUGUUGGAGCAAAUUUUAUCUUUUCACAUUAUAAGAAAUAUAAAUGAGAGGGCUGAUAUUGGAUCUGUUAAUGCACUUUUGUAUCAAACAAUAAACAUUGCAAAGCAUAUUUGUAUUUCCUAAGAA